AUGGCAAAAAAUCAUAAAAAGGGCCGCAAAAAGAGGGAAGUUCUAGCUGUCUGUUGUUCUGUUGUGCAUCAUGAAGACUUAGCAUUUCUUGGUAUUUACGCAGUCAGAAAAAAGUAUCGAGGAUUAGGUCUUGGACUCAAGGUGUGGAAUGCGUGUUUGGAACAUAUCGGUGAUCGAAACGCCGCUCUAAACGCUGUACCAGGCAAACUGGAGCUGUACAGAGAUCGAGGAGGGUUUCCAGUGGUUGAAAAUGAUUUCGUUAAUUUAGUCAACGAGACUGAAGAGAGCGUCCACGUAGAAAACCUUUCAGACAGUGUUCCAUCAGGCGUCGACAUUCAACCCUACCAGGCUGCCCACCUCCCCCUCAUGCUGAAAUUCGAUUUCAAUCUCAUCGGCUACAAGCGUGACCUUGCCAUCAGGCUAAACUGCGAAGAAACGGACAGUCACACAUUUGUUGCUUUCAAAGAUGGCGCUUGUGUAGGUUUCGGUACCAUCAAGAUGAGCUGCCAAGAGGUUGGACAAGUUGGGCCCCUCUAUGCUGAUGAUUCUGCAGUGGCAGAACCCUUGCUGAAGAAGCUCAUACUUUCCUUACCACAAGCCAAGGGCUUCGCCAUGAUGACCAUCAGCACCAAUCACAAAGCGAAUGAGUUUAUCAAGCUUCUCGGUUGCCCGAUGACCGAAGAAUGUCCAAGGUUGUACAAGAAAUACGCACUGAAAGUGGACACGAACAAAGUUUUUGCCCAUUUUGAUCUCAACUUUUCGCCUUUUUGAAGAAACGUUACCGUCUGUUCGAAAAAUGACGUGUAAUCCCGAUUUAACGAUUGUCAAGAGACUGGAAAAAGUUAUCGUUAAAUCAAGGGGCAUAUACAGUAGAACUUCAGUUUAACCGAUACCCGAUUUAACGAUUUCCUCACUAUAAUGAUACAUUUCACUGAUUAGGAUUUGACUGCAU